AUGGCUUCAUUCUGUAUGAAGGUUCUGCUCUGCACUUUGGGUCUGACAACUCUUGGCUUGUCCGCAGCCGUUGAGUCUGUUCAAGAACAUGAUACGGAGGCCAGAUCCUACUGCAACUUGCAUUACACCGUUCAAGCGGGAGACACAUGCUGGGACAUUUGCAACAAUUAUGGCUACGCAUUUACCAUCAAGCAACUUCUCUGUUGGAAUCCUGAAAUCAACACUUCGUGUACCAAUCUGAUUCCAGGUCGCUCUGUCUGUGUUGGUGUGCGAGGAGCUGGGCCCAAAUGUUGA